UGCUUGUUUAUGAUGCUUCCACGAGGGCAGGCAAAGCCCAGUCUUGAAUUCGUCUCGUCUCGUCUCGUCUCGCCUUGCCUUGCCCGAGAGCUCCAGCUUCUAGCUCCACCUCCACCUCCACCUCUGCAAACCCUAAUAAUCCCUCUUCACUCUCUCCACAAUUUCUCGCAAUUACUCUCUCACACAAGCGCAGAUCGAGAUGGUUAAGAAGCGAGUCCCCGAUUGGCUCAACAGCUCACUCUGGUCCACCGAUCCUCCCCCUGCUCCUGACGACGAAGACCACCAUCCCCCUCCCGCCCCCACCUCUUCGUAUUCCGCGGCCGCCUCCUCUAAAUCCGUCGCUACGUCUACCUUCCCCCCAUCGGAAUCUCCAGUUCAGCCCCCGGUGCCGGUUCCGCCUCCUUCUGCAGCAAGAAUGGAGCCUCCCAAGGAAGAAAUUAGGGAUCCCUUGAGUAAUACUAGUGAUAAUGGGAGCUCGGAUAUUCCGUCUGCCGAAGAGAUUUCUCGACAAGCUCAGCUCCUACAAGAGCUAUCAAGGAAGGUUAUAAAUAUGGGUGAAUUGCGGAAACUUGCAUCUCAGGGCAUACCUGAUGGUGCCGGCAUUCGUUCUACUGUUUGGAAGCUUUUGUUGGGAUAUUUGCCGGCUGAUCGAGGGCUUUGGUCAGCUGAAGUAGCUAUGAAGAGAUCUCAGUACAAGCAUUUCAAAGAAGAACUUUUGAUGAAUCCUUCAGAAAUCACAAGAAGGUUGGAGAAGACAAGUCUCGAAAACGAGGAAUCUGUAUGUGAAACCAAAGGUUUGCUCUCAAGAUCAGAGAUAACUCAUGGAGAGCACCCUUUGAGCCUUGGGAAGACCAGCAUCUGGAACCAGUUCUUCCAGGACACAGAGAUCAUUGAACAAAUUGACAGAGAUGUUAAGCGUACUCAUCCAGACAUGAACUUCUUCUCAGGGGACACACAAUUUGCAAAAUCCAAUCAGGAGGCUUUGAAGAGCAUAUUAAUCAUAUUUGCAAAGUUGAACCCUGGAAUAAGAUAUGUGCAAGGGAUGAAUGAAAUUCUGGCACCUUUAUUCUAUGUGUUCAGAAAUGACCCUAAUGAGGAAAACACGGCCUUUGCAGAGGCAGACACAUUCUUUUGUUUUGUUGAGUUAUUAAGUGGAUUUCGGGAUCAUUUCUGUCAACAACUGGACAACAGUGUUGUAGGAAUCCGUUCUACAAUUACAAGAUUAUCAACACUCUUAAAGGAACAUGAUGAAGAACUCUGGCGUCAUCUUGAGGUCACAACCAAAGUCAAUCCUCAGUUUUAUGCAUUCAGAUGGAUAACUCUUCUGUUGACUCAAGAAUUCAAUUUUGCUGAUAGCCUUCUUAUUUGGGAUACACUUCUAAGUGACCCUGAAGGCCCUCAAGAAACUCUGCUUCGGAUAUGCUGUGCCAUGCUGAUUCUUGUGAGGAGGCGCUUACUUGCGGGUGACUUCACCUCCAAUCUCAAGUUACUCCAACAUUACCCACCCACAAACAUCAGCCACCUGCUCUAUGUUGCACACAAACUACGUAUGCAUUUGGGUCAUUAGUCCUCUUUUUGGUCUUUGAAUUAAAUGUGUUUGUUUUUUCGUCCAGUGUUUCUUUCCUUUGUGCCCCAAUUUGCUUGUAGAAGUUGAAUGUAAAUGUCAGUUGAAAGUAACAGCUAACAUUGAGGACUCUCUCACGGGUGGAAUAUUUCUUGGUUAAUCGCUAUUACAGGCCAAAAAGUACAUUAUUCCAUCUAA